AUGACACUCCCCACUCCACCCUCCUCCAUCCAGAAGUAUCGCGAUGCCCUCCGCAGAGACUUGACCGCACGCUAUGAGGCUGCCGCCCGCGCCGAGGUCGGAGCCACAGUACCCCCCGAUGCAGAGCACGACCCAGACUACGGCUACGACGAGGACCCAUUCGAUACUCGUGCCCGCCUUCUCCUCUCCAUUGCCGGCCCAAUAUCACCCGAGAGUCCCCCGAGUCGUAAACGGCUCGCAGACGAUGAACAGGCUUUUGUCCUCGACUCGCCAGCCCCUCGACGACGAUGGAGCUAUGUCCCCCAGACUGAAUCUGGUCCGCCUUCCGGAUUAGCUUCAGCGGUGAUGAGUCGUUCCUCGUCCUUCUCGUGCUGCGAUACACCAGGAUCCGAGAUGAGCUUCGAGAUCGGCCGAACGUCCGACUACGUAGGCCUGUACGGCCGCCCUUCGCUGCGGCUACAUGCCAGCGGUAUUUCGCCGUCAUGUGCCCCGCCCCCUCCGCCAGUCGUCUCCUCCACCUCGUCACAUACGUUUACUCCAUCACCUCUUGUUCCCAAGGAGAAGAAGGAAAAGCGAUCCUCGAUCCUAGGCCGCCUCACGCCAAUGAAGAUGAAACCCCUCACACCACUCACGCCAUCGCCCCAACCCCGGCGGAGUCGGAGACGUCGUGUACCAGUCCCCGAACUCGACUGGGACGAGGUCGUCUUAACCCGCUCCGAGAGCGAGACGAUGCUCCUCGCCGCAGCGGGCUUUGCGUCCCAGCGUUCGAGGGGGGCGUGA